AUGGAAGGUGGCUUUAGCAAGGCACUGCGGAUGAGCAAGGAGGAUGGAACAGAGGUUAUAGCGAAGAUACCGUUCCCAAUUGCGGGACCCGCCUCGUCCACGACUGCGUGUGAAGUCGCAGUUAUGAAAUAUGUAAAAAGCAAUACAUCGUUUCCCGUUCCAGAGAUAUUCGCGUGGAGCUCCGACGCUUCCAAUCCUGUGGGCGCCGAAUUCAUUAUUAUGGAGAAAGCCCCUGGGGUGCAACUCUUCGAGGUGUGGGAUGCUAUGAAGGACAGCGCCAAGUUGGCCUUUAUCAAACGGCUGACAAUUUUUGGAAAGGCAGUUAGCAUCUAUUCAAUUUCCCGCUUGUGGGAGUUUGUACCUCUCCGAGUCGUCCCACAUCCCCGAGGACAAGCGAGUUACACUCCUCUUUGA